AUGCGUAUAGCGAUGCAUCUGCUGCUGCUACUUCUAUACUUUUUUUUGCUGCCCUUCUCUGGCGCAAACAAAACAGAUGCUGCGCACGAAGCCAUAGCAACGAACACAAACAACUGGGCCGUGUUAGUGUCUACCUCGCGAUUCUGGUUCAAUUAUAGACAUAUGGCUAACGUUCUAAGUAUGUACAGAACUGUCAAGAGAUUGGGUAUCCCGGAUUCACAAAUAAUAUUGAUGCUGAGUGAUGAUGUGGCGUGCAAUUCGAGAAAUCUAUUUCCUGGAAGUGUGUUUAACAACAAAGAUCACGCUAUUGAUCUUUACGGUGAUUCUGUCGAGGUUGACUACAGAGGUUAUGAAGUUACUGUGGAGAACUUUAUAAGAUUAUUAACUGACAGAUGGACAGAAGAUCAUCCUAAAUCCAAACGGCUGCUGACAGAUGAAAAUUCUAAUAUUUUCAUAUAUAUGACAGGUCAUGGCGGUGAUGAUUUCUUAAAGUUUCAAGACGCUGAAGAGAUUGCCUCUGAAGAUAUUGCCGAUGCGUUUCAGCAAAUGUACGAAAAGAAAAGAUAUAAUGAGAUCUUCUUCAUGAUAGAUACUUGUCAGGCAAAUACGAUGUAUUCCAAGUUCUACUCUCCCAACAUUUUGGCUGUAGGCUCAAGCGAAAUGGAUGAAAGCUCGUAUUCACAUCAUUCAGAUGUAGAAAUAGGAGUGGCUGUUAUUGAUAGAUUCACAUACUACUGUUUAGAUUUUUUGGAGCAAAUUGACAAAAAUUCCACUUUAACCUUACAGGACCUUUUUGAUUCAUUUACGUUUGAAAGGAUUCACUCCCAUGUUGGUGUUAGAACUGAUUUGUUUGAUAGAGAUCCGUCAGAGGUUUUGAUUACUGAUUUUUUUGCCAAUGUACAGAAUGUGAUUCCCGACAAUUCGAAACCUCUUUCCAUAAGUCAUUAUCAUCACCACAAAGAUUAUAUCGAAACUGCUCAAUAUGAGCAUGACAAUAAUGUAUUAGAUUUGGCUCUGGAGAAAUACCAUAGAAACAUCACUUCCUCCAAAGUUGACAAAAUCAUUACACAUAUUAAGUCCAGCAAUGUUUUGAAUGUUGACAUAGAUUCUAAUGAAUAUUCCUUCUCUUCUUUCAAACGAUCAGCUUCAUUAGUACUGGUACAUAUAAUAGCGAUCGUGUUCUUCAUGUUGAGAGGAAACACUAGUAAAGCGACACAUGACCUGUACACUAGUUGA